AAACCACUGCCUCAAACAACAUCACACUCUUACAACUUACCAUUGCCACCUUCACUGUAUUCAAGCAUCACAUACAGUUCAAUCUGAUCAUACUAAAAUGGCGCUCUCCCCUUUAACCUUCACAACCCCAAGAGCCCAGGCUUCCCAAAUUUUCACCCCCAAGUUAUCUUCCACUGUUAAACCCACAUCUACUUCUUCUUAUUCUUCAGUUUCUGCUACUAAAAAGGCAAUAUCUAACAUGGGCAUUGGGCUUCUUGCUGCUUCUGUUCUGGCUCUGUCGCCCUUGGAUGCAAACGCUACCAGAAUUGAAUACUAUGCCACUGUUGGAGAACCCCUUUGCGAGUUCAACUAUGUGCCUUCCGGGCUUGGCUAUUGCGACAUCGCCGUAGGAUCCGGUGAGGAAGUUCCUUAUGGUGAGCUUAUCAAUGUUCACUACACUGCCAGGUUUUCUGAUGGGAUAGUGUUUGACAGCAGCUACAAGCGUGCUAGACCUCUCACCAUGCGUAUUGGUGUUGGCAAGGUAAUAAGAGGAUUGGAUCAGGGAAUAUUAGGGGGUGAAGGAGUACCACCAAUGCUAGUAGGUGGCAAACGUAAGCUUCAGAUUCCUCCACAUUUAGCGUAUGGGCCAGAACCAGCAGGCUGUUUUUCAGGUGAUUGCAACAUACCUGGAAAUGCAACUCUUGUGUAUGAUAUAAAUUUCGUUGGAGUCUACUCAGGAAAUAGGAAGUGAUGGAAACAAAACCCAAUUUCCUAUAAAAUUCUUGUAGAUAGACAACACAGAGUAAGUGAUUUUCUGACUUUUCUAAAUGUGCAAUCAUAUCAACCUAUCCUUUUGUUGGUUUCUCUUUUAAGUUGUGCUCUCAGCUCAGCUAUCUUAACACACCCAUUUGUUUUUUUUGAUCCAUCUCAUACAGUAGAAUCACAACAAUUAUCUCACAGAUUCCAUUUCAUGCUUCCUGCUUCAUCUAUUGUUCAUCAUAUGCUUUUUCCCUCUCGGUUUCCCAGAACUUAAGUUGAAGCUAAACCACGAGCCAAAAGAAGUGCAUUUCUCUCUGGAUUUUCCAAGUAUGUGGAACUCAAGUUGACUUUUAAGGCAGAAUACUUGGUUUUCUCCAAUUACCCACCAGCAGGACUGGCAAUCUUUUUUAGGUGAAAAUCCAGCUAGGCAUGGUUGAAAUUGCUUAAUUCAAACGUAAUUGACCAAAACAAUGUAUUUGGUUGUUUUACAAGAUUAUGACUGUAUUUCUAUGCACGGAUACUAUUAUACUUUGUAAAAGUACGUCUUGUUUCUGAGUACUUCAGUAACUUUAUGCAAAUGGAAUCUAAUGAGCGCAUUUUGUUUGAA